GGCAGCACGGGCAGCACCGGGGGAGCAAGGGAAGGACCGUGGGGGCGGCACCGGGCGGUAACGGGCAGCCCCGGGGCGGCACCGGGCGGGGAGCGGCGCUAGGACCCGGCGCGGCGGGGCCCGCCCGGAUUCCAGGCUGGCUCCCGGCGUGACGUCACGCCCGGUCCCGGCCCCUCGCGCUCGGCGAAAUGCUGCUCUCGGUGCCGCCGCGCUCGGGGCUCCCCGCCUUCGCCUACAACAAGGGCGGCAAGAAGCAGCCCUAUGUGCCCCCCGCCCAGCCCCUGGGCCCCCCCAGCCCCAGCCCCGCCGGGGGGGGCCCCGAGCAGCUCAGCAAGACCAACCUCUACAUCCGGGGGCUGCACCCCGGCACCACGGACCAGGACCUGGUCAAGCUCUGCCAGCCCUACGGGAAGAUCGUCUCCACCAAAGCCAUCCUGGAUAAAACCACCAACAAGUGCAAAGGUUAUGGUUUCGUGGACUUUGACAGCCCCACGGCCGCCCAAAAAGCCGUGACAGCCCUGAAGGCCAGCGGGGUGCAGGCGCAGAUGGCCAAGGUACAGACCCCCCCCACCGCCACCAGCGACCCCCAGAGACCCCCGAGCCCCCUCCCCAUGGCGCAGCCCCCUCCCCCCAGCAACAAGAGCAGGGGCACCGUGACCUUGGCCUACGACCCCUCCACGGCGCUGCAGAACGGGUUCUACCCCGCACCCUACGGGCUGGCCCCCGGCCGGAUGCUGCCCCCCGCCGCCCUGGCCCCCUACCUGCCCUCCCCGGUGUCCUCCUACCAGGUACGGGGGUCCUGG